AUGGUGACUCUAAGAAAGAAAUUCUAUGUUGUUUUCAAAGGGAGAGUGCCUGGAAUUUAUGACAACUGGCCUGCUUGCCAAUUGCAAGUUGAUGGAUUUUCAGGCAACCUCCACCAAUCCUAUAGCAACUUUCAAGAUGCACUCAUGGCAUGGCAGAUAUUCAUUGACAACCUUUCCAUUCACGGAGAGGCCGUACUACACGAUGACUCCGAACAGGUGCUGUCUCCUAAUCAUGUACCUACUGUCUUGACACCCCCACCACUGGUCCACGACGUACCCAUGUCUAUGCAAAAAAAGCUCAGCAUCACCAACACACGCUGGAAGUAG